UUAAUUCACUACAACACUUUUGUUUUCUUUUUCUUUGAUGAGGGAAUUUCUGCACGUUAAUUUGGCGGAUAAGUUUUAAGACUAAGAAAUAUGGGAAAGGAAAGGACGACGUAGAGAUCGCAGUGCUUGAAAAAGCUAAAACUAAGGGGGUGUAAGUGUAAGUUGUGUAACUGACGAAAUUCUUUUUACCAACGGCAUACAGUCGCUCUAUUUCUUCUUCUCGGAAAUGCUUCUGCAAACAACCGUCGCUGCCUCCGCCUUCGCCUCGCCGGUUGGCUGCCGGUACUUAUAUACCUCCAAGAAUCCGACGCAAAACCCCUCCUCAUUCUCUAUUACCAAAACCCCCUUCUUACCUCCUCUCGAUUGGGGAUUUCAUCUCUGCGGCAUAUCAGCAAACACUUGGCGCUAUAACAGUAAUGGUAGCAGCAGAUCAAUAACGCCAUCUGCCACUUUGGUGGAGGCCCCAGUAUUGUGGGCCGGCCGCCUCUGCAUUUUCUAUGUUCUUUUGAAAACUGGGUUGGCUGGAUCUGCCGACAAUCCAAUCGUUUCUGAUAUGGAAAGUGGAGCUGUGGAUUUGGGGUUCUCUAAGUGGUUUGAGGAGUUGAGCAAACCAGAAAAAGAGGCAGCUGAAAGAAGAAAACUGGUGGGCAAAUGGCAUCCCACGACGAAAGGUACCCUCAGGCGCAAUUACAGAGUGCCCUCUAAACCGGAGGGAAGGCGUCUACUUAAAGCCAUUGCAUCCGUGUUGUCGGAUGAUGAUCAUUUUAGAGAUGCCACAUCACACAAGGGCUGUCAGAUUAGGAGGGAAAGUGCUCAUGGAGAGAGCGUAUGUUGUAACAAUGUGCGUGCCUUGUUUGACGAGCUUCCUACGCCACAUCUGACUGUGGAAAUCACACCAUUUCCAGCAGGGCCUCUUUCCGAAAACGAUUACUCUAAGGCUGAGAGACUUGAGAGGGUGCUUAGAUCUGGCCCUUCUGUUUGAACAUCCGUAUUUACAACUUUUUCUUUUAUGGAUCCUCUAAUUUGUACAUAUUAGUAUACUACGGUGACUAAGAACUUCUCUGGCUCAACGUUUCUAAUGUUAUUGCUGCAUUUUAAAGUACAUUUGAGGAAAUAAUCUACAACUAAUUUUCUCA